AUGGCACGUGUGCGUGUCUGCAGGAUCCACCCAAGAAGGCAGAACAUUCAACCUCUUGUCUUCUGCAACUGGUACAACACGAAGAGCUGCUGUCUGCCUGUGCACGACGCGGACAUCAAUGGCAAGUUUCUCGCGCUGAUAGAAGCCGGUCCGGCGUGUGAAAAGUUCCAGAACGCUGCCAAACGCUUCCUCUCUUUUGCGUUCUGCUACGCAUGCGACCCCGAAGAGCCCACACACUUCACAACACCAUUGGACACGCACUUCUUCGACGCGAACACGAAGACGGUGAAAAUCUGCGCCAGUGUAGCGCUGAACAUGGCGCCGACGCUCUUCUCGGACUGCGGACUACUGCUACCUGACAGCCGCGAAACGAUCUGCUCCCCCAAUUCUCCCGUAGUUCCACACAAGGUGUGGACUGGCUGCAAUGACCAACAGCACAUUUGCCAGGACAACGCAACAUUCGACUGGUAUUGCUCCGAUUCGAACUGCGGAGAUGCACACACGCCAGUAGGAUUCAACGACGUCCCUUGCAACGCUUCACGGUAUACUUGUGACGGCGUGCUCAUGUUUCUCAACGAUAAUCGGGCCGCCAAGCCACCGAAUUACGAAGACUACCCUGUCGAAAUUGUAGACGAGCAGCUGUGCAGGAAGGAGUAUAGCGAAGAGGAAGCAGCAAUCAAGUGUAGAUGUCUGCAUGAUCCUUCUACUGCCACACGACCACAGUCAAUGUUUAUAGCUGUUCUAGCGAUCAACAUGUUGCUGGCACUACUUACAAUAAUAGACACACGAUAA